CGUGUACUUGCAUUUAUUCCUUAGUGCGUAUUGCGUCAUAUUCAAAUAAAAAUAGAUUUGUCCAAACUUUAUUCUAAUAAUAGUUGCGUAUUUUCUAUCCAAGUAAAUACCUAUCCGCUUUUAACAGAUAAUUUAAUCGACAACGCAUUACGUUAAUUUCGGGUUUUUUAAAUAUUUCGCCAUUAUCCAAAUGAUUCAUAUUAACCAUCAAUUAAUUAAGGGAGUCCACUAUAGCGCAAGGUCGACGCAGUGAAAUCCUACAGAACAAGGUUAUAUAUUUAAAAUCGUGUUAUUUACCAAACAUUAGCUCGGUCGUAAAGGUUUUUUUCGCACCGUUCGUAAUCGUUCAAUGAAAUCAAACGUAUAAACAUCAAAUUUUGCUCUGUCAUUCAUCUUAUCAUGAAUUAUUUGUAAAUUUCUAGUUACUUAUCAGAUUUGGUUUUAAAUAUUCACUCGUUUCGUUACAAAAAUUUCGUAGUGCGCGUUUCCAAUGUAAUGUCAGCUGGGCAGCUAGUUUAAUGAUUUGUGGAAGAAAUGGAAGGGAAUACGGACUCUGAAAAUUUGGCUGACGGGGGUAAAAAUCGUAGGGAUGGAUAUUGGACUAAAUUUUCCGAAAGCAAACUCAUACAAGUGGAAAGGAAAAUUUUAAACGUGCUGAAAACAGCUUACAGGACGUGGUUUGUAAAAAUAGGUCCAACAGUAGGUAAAAAUGAUAAAGUAUGGACAAUAGCAUUAAAUGAGGAAUCGAAAAAUACUCCAAUAGUAUUACUUCAUGGAUUUGCAGCUGGUUUAUGUUUUUGGAUAUUAAAUUUCGACGCCAUAGCCAAAAAUAGACCUGUAUACGCCAUAGAUUUAUUAGGUUUCGGAAGAUCGUCUCGACCAAAAUUCAGCGCCAAUAGCCUGGAAGCCGAGCAGCAAAUGGUAGAAUCCUUGGAAGCAUGGCGAAAACAAAUGAAAUUAGAAAAAUUCAUACUAUUAGGACACAGUUUCGGCGGCUAUUUAGCCACGAGCUAUGCCAUAAACUACCCAGACAGGGUGAAACAUUUAAUUUUAGCAGACCCGUGGGGGUUUCAAGAAAGGCCGCCUAAAUUGGAGGUGCCAUUGUGGUUCAAAUUCAUGAGCGUUGUGAUCUAUCCAUUUACGUGGUUCAAUCCGUUGGCGUCGGUUAGAGCUGCAGGACCAAUCGGACCUUGGCUUAUUAGCAGAGUAAGAAAUGACAUUUCCGUCAAAUAUAGUUCUGCUGUGGAAGAUACGGACAUUAUUACAGAAUAUAUUUAUCAUUGUAAUUCACAGAAACCUUCUGGUGAAUCAGCCUUUCAUUCUAUGCUACAGGGAUUGGGGUGGGCAAAAAAUCCUAUGAUACUAAGGUACCAUACUUUAGAUAAAAAUGUACCGAUUACAAUCAUAUAUGGAGAAAAAUCGUGGAUUAGAAAAACACCAGAAGAAGUUUUAAAGGAUCAAAGACCUAAUUCGUAUGUAAAAGUAGAGAUUAUCCCCAACGCCGGUCACCACAUCAACGCCGAUCAACCAGUAUUAUUCAACGACGCAGUAACGAAAGUCUGCGAUAUCAGCGAUAGCAACGAUAGUCCAAAAAUUUUCGACGAUAAACAUACAAAAGAUAUCGAUUGGGAUCAACGUAUUGAACAUAUCCUAGACGAAGAUGAUUUUAGCGGAAUGCAAAUUAUUAACACGCGACUUUAACAGAAAAUAAGAAAAUAGUCGCGGGGUAAUUAUUAAAAUUUGAAAAUGGUGGAAAUGUAGAUAUAAUUUAGUACUAUUUUAUCAGGUCUAUUUUGGGACUUGAUAAUGGCCUUAAGUUGUCAUAAAACUUGAUCUAGAAUCUAGAAAAGGGAAAAAUGAAAUUAAAAGAUUAAGAAGAUAACGUGUUGUGAGAAUGACCUUCACUAAUUUUACAAAAUCGCCUUAUGAUAGUUGCAAAAUAGAAGUACACAAAUAAAUAAUGCCUAUUUUGGGAUUUGAUAAUGGUCUUAUGUUGGCAUUCAACUUGAUUUAAAAUCUAGAAAAGCGGAAAAUUAGAUGGAUGGAAAGGAAGUCCCAAAUUCUACAAAAUCGCCCUAUGAUUCUUGCAAAAUAGCAGUACACAAACAAAAAGUAGAAGUUCCAUCAACCAGCAAUAAAAUUCUUAUGCCACUACGUAUGCAAGAAUGAUUUAUUCAGCUUUGAGAAAAAACAACUAAUCCCAAUUUUGCCAAUUUGUUUUGCUUUUUACUUUUUUGCAGCUACCUAUCUCUUUAUGUAAACGACAUUGCCUUAAUUUAGUUGAAAAUCACGCAUUGAAGUUGUAGUGAUAGAAACGAAACACUGCAGAUUUUAUUUUGUGAAUUUGUUAAGGGUUUAAAUAAAAUGAGAGCAUUUACAGAUAAUCUUGAACAUUCAAAAGACCUGCUUGUGAUUUAUAUGGUCAAUUUUGUUUCGUUUCAGACUUUUAAUUAUCUAAAAUUGUUUUUUGCUAUGACUCCUUAAUUUUAAUGAAAUGUUUGAGUUUUCUGCAGUGCUGACAAGAUAAAACUUUCGGUCCCAUUUUGUUAACGUUUGCGUGCAGGGCUGUUGAGAGCCAUGGCAGCUGCCUGUGCCCUGGGGAUUUUACUUCCCUUGCCCUUGCCAACCCCUCUCGACGGGCCUGUUCGCAUGUGCAGAAGAGGGAAAAAUGCAUGGUAUCGACGUUGCCAGUGACCAGAUGGUAGCUCUCACUAUCAAUUAACGACUCUACAUUGAUACUGCUUCCUUUCUUUUCCUUACAUGUCUGAACGUCAUUAUUUACUAAUCAAACCAGCAAAGCAGGGUCUCUUUAUUGUGUUUGUCAAUAUUUAAAUGUACA